AUGUCUAGUACGUGGUAUCAACAAGUGUUUGCCCUAGAUGCCAAAUACAAUGCACAACGUGCAAGUAAAUUGCCUACAUUAGGUAGACGAAAUCAAUUAUUGAGGGAAAAACCAUUUAAAGAGCAUGAUAUUCGUACGCAAUACUUGAAACUACGUUCAGAUUUAUUGUACAAACGGUAUGGAGAGAAUAUCGAGCAAAAUAACAUUAUAAACAAUUCUUUACAAGAAGAAAUUUCAGAGAAUGUACAAAAAUCUCAUUUUGUUCAAAAGAAAUCAACAGCAGAGAAUUUUGCUUUUGCUGGAGUUCAUCAUGCUUUUGAUCAACAUACCGCAGCCGUAAUAAUGCUUAAAUUUGCCAAUAACGAUAGGUCCAGAUUAGGCUGUGCAUCUUUAGAUGGAACUUUAUCAAUAUGCGAAGUUGUUAAUACACCACCGCAAGUAUUUGCUGUACUUGAAGGUCAUCAGAAAGGGGUUACAGCUUUUGAUUGGAGUAUUAGCAAUGAUUUGAUAGUAUCAUCUUCUCUGGAUGCUACUAUUCGUCUUUGGAAAGUACAUAUAGAACCUAAGUGUUUACGAGUGGUUAAAGAUCCACAAAACGCAGAAAUUUUUUGUUGUGCAUUUAUACCAGCUAAUAAUAAUUUAGUAGUUACUGGUAAUUCGCAUGGCUUGAUUCAAAUUUUAAAUGUAUCAACAGGAAUUUAUACACGUGGUGGUUCAUGCAAACUAGGGGAGAAGAUUUUAUCAUUAACUUGUGAAGAAAGUGGUGGCUCAUUAAUAUGGGCUGGAAGCGACAGAGGUACUAUUACUUCAUUGCAAUUAGAGGCGAGGACAGGAAGGCUUUCAAAAUUGCAAAGAGUUCAGAAAUUAAAUAGUAUGGUAACUAGUCUCUCUUGGCGUUCUUGGCAUUCAAAAGAAAUACCAUGGCCAGUCUUUUUGGCAAGUACUGCUUGUAAUGCAGUAUUAUUGUAUCGCGUUGCUGAUAAUCAGGGUUCUCUGAAAUUGUUGAAAAAAUAUCCUAUUAAACACAGACUUCAUUGUAUAAGAUCUACAUUUUGUCCUCAAAUGGGAGCUUGUUUAAUAGCAACUGGUUCAGAAGAUGGUGCUAUUCAUCUUUUUGAUUCUUCCAAAGAUGGUAAAGCUGCAAGAGUAAAUCUACUUCAUGGUCACGCAAGACCUGUACUUGCUCUCUCGUUUAAUUAUGACGAAUCAUUUCUCGCUUCUGGAGAUCAUCAAGGACUUAUUAUUUUAUGGCGCAAUCACCAACGCCAUUUGUAG